AUGGCGCAAUUGCUUAAUCCUAUUGAACUCGAAAUUUCUUCUCAAAUUUCCACCCUUAAGCUGUUUGAUGAAAAUUUAGUCGUAGGCUGCAUAGAUGGAAGCGUCCGUGUAUUAGACCUCGUGACUCAAAAAUGAAAAUCAGAAAUUGAAGCUCAUACCUUAGGAGUUAAUGAAGUGCUAUGAGACAGAUGUGGAAAAUAUAUCUUUUCUUGUGCAGAUGACGGAACUACACAGAUAAGAGACAUUUCAGGACAACUUAUGACAACCCUUUUUGGGCAUACGAAUUAUGUUCAGUCUUUAUCUAUUGAUCCUAAGAAUUUAUUGAUUUUGUCUGGAGGAAAUGACUGCUCAGUGUUUUUGUGGGAUAUAAGGAAUAUUAGUGAAAUCAAUAGUUUUUUUCAUAUUCAUAGAGAAACUAUCACUUCUGUAGAUUUUUCCAAGGAUUCUUCAGUGUUUUUAACAGCUUCUUAUGAUGGAACUAUGCAUGUAUGAGACACUAUGAGCUUAAAUAGCAUAAAAACGAUUUCUUACUCCAAAAAUGCCCCUAUUUCAAGAGCUAAAUUUGUAGGCGACAAUGGACUGGUUGCAAGUGCAUGCUUGACUAAUAAAAUUUAUAUGUGGGAUAUAGAAGAAAUCAAAAGUCUUCCUUUACGGACAUACACAGGUCACAAAAACGAAAGAUUUAAAUGUCAAAUUCAAGUUUCUGAUGACAAUCAAUCUAUAUGAAGUGGGUCUGAAGAUGGAAAUCUAUAUGGAUGGGAUCUUCAAUCACAACAGGUUAUUAACACUAUCAGACUUGCUGAAGAAAAUGCAAUAGUCCAUGCUUUUGAUAUAAAAAGUGACUUAAUCGUCUACACAACUCAUAAUAAAGGAGAGACUAAAGAUACAGGAAGUCUUGUAAUUUCUAAAUUCGAAAAGAUAGAAAACGCUUAA